AUGGAUCAGAAGAGCGUGAUCAGACUCAGUCACUGUGACAAGGACAUCUACUGCUUCUUCGUGCCGGAUCAGUGUCCCGAGUGCGGCGUCAGCUUCAGCGGCAAGCGUCUGGAGGAAGCCCCGGUCAGCGUCCCCAGCCCCUUCAGUAACGGACACAAAGAACCGUGUGCUUUCCUGGUGACCUCCACAGAUGUGCUCAGGGACUUCGAUGGCAGUUCUGAUCUUCACACAGGAAUCAGCAACACGAGCGGCACGGUGUACAGCUACACACGGAGCGGUGUGCAGAGAGAGUCUCAGGGCUGGGAGCGCUGUGUGUGUGUGCCGCUGGUGCACACACACAUGUUCAGUCUCAGGAGUCAGUGGGACCAGUAUCUGGAGCAGUUCUCCAGCGCUCACACCUGGGACCCGGCCAGCCACAGCUUUGACGAGGAAAGCCACAACUGCUACAGCUUCUCUCUGAUGUUCAUCAACUGUGUCCUGGCCACGCAGUCCAAGCCAGCGCUGAGUAAAGAUGAGUUCACACGCUCCUUCGUGCUUCCUCGGAUCAAACGAGCUUCCAAGUACAUGAUGCUGUGCCGUGAGAUCUCCCAGAACCACUUCUACAUCGUGGACAGUACACACAGAGACUCAGGCCAGGGUCCGAGUGAGGACGACGACAGCAAGAACAAAUGAGAAGAAUCAGACUUCCUCAGCUCCUUACACGUCUUCUCUCAAGGUGAAGAAUGCCGAAACGUGCCUGUCGAUCCGUACUCUAAUGA